AUGGGCGCUCUGCGCCAGCAACCUUUUCGCGCUCUUGCUGCUGCUGCAGGUGCGGGGCGCGCCAAGCUGCAGGCCCCGGGGACUCCAGGUGCAGGGGUACGCAUGGGGCUUGGGACGGGACCUUGCAGUGGGGCAUGGAGCAGGGUGGGGCUCGGGAUACGGAAACGGGGGAGCCGCGGUGCGAGUGAGGGAGAAGCCAGGGGUAGUGGGGCCAGUCCGCAGAGGUCUCGUCGUGGCUCUGCGCGGAGCCGGAGCCCUGCCGCCCUGGCUUUGGUGCAGAGAGCUACACACGUUCACCGUGCCCCGGCCGACACCUGGAGAGAGGGCCGCUUCCUGGGCAGAGUGAGUUUUGAAGGAUGCACUGGCCGACCAAGGACAGCCUAUUUUUCCGAUGACGCCCGAUUCCAAGUGGCCUCAGAUGGUGUGGUUUCAGUUAAACGGCCUCUGCAACUUCAUAACCCGGAGACCAGUUUUCUUGUCUCUGCCUGGGACUCCGCCCGCAGAAAGUUCUCCACAAAAGUUACGCUGAAGACAACCGGGCACCAUCACCGCCACCAACAUCAUCAUGAUCCUCUCCCUGGACCCCAGACAGAAGUGCUCGUGUUUCCCAGCUCCCACAGUGGUCUCCGAAGGCAGAAAAGAGACUGGGUUAUCCCUCCUAUCAACUGCCCAGAAAAUGAAAAAGGCCCAUUUCCUAAAAACCUCGUUCAGAUCAAAUCUAACAGGGACAAAGAGACCACGGUUUACUAUAGCAUCACUGGCCAAGGGGCCGACAUGCCCCCUGUCGGUGUGUUUAUUAUUGAAAGAGAAACAGGAUGGCUGAAGGUGACGGAGCCUCUGGACAGAGAACAUAUUGCCAAGUAUAUUCUCUUCUCUCAUGCCGUGUCUUCCAACGGGAAUGCCAUUGAGGACCCGAUGGAGAUUGUGAUCACCGUCAUGGAUCAGAACGACAACAAGCCUGUGUUCACCCAGGAGGUCUUCGAGGGGUCUGUCAUGGAAGGCGCCCUCCCAGGGACCUCUGUGAUGCAGGUCUCAGCCACGGACGCGGACGACGAUGUGAACACCUACAAUGCUGCCAUCGCUUACACCAUGGUCAGCCAAGAGCCCCAGUUGCCUCACAGUGGCAUGUUUAUCAUCAACCGGGACACAGGCGUCAUCAGUGUGGUCACCACCGGGCUGGACCGAGAGUCCGUUCCCACGUAUACCUUGGUGGUUCGAGCAGCUGACCUCCAAGGCGAUGGCUUAAGCACAACAGCAACAGCUGUGAUCACGGUCACUGACACCAAUGAUAACCCUCCCAUCUUCAACCCAACCACGUACCAGGGAACAGUGCCUGAGAACAGAGUUAACGAAGAAAUUGCCACGCUCAAAGUGACUGAUGCCGAUGCCCCCCACACCCCAGCAUGGGAGGCCGUGUACUCCAUAUUAAACGAUAACGAGAGGCAAUUUGUUGUCAUCACAGAUCCAGUAACCAACAAUGGCAUUUUGAAAACAGCUAAGGGCUUGGAUUUUGAGGUCAAACAGCAGUACAUUCUAUUUGUGACAGUGGAGAACGUGGACCCCUUUGUGGUCACUCUCGCCACCUCCACAGCCACAGUCACUGUGGACGUGAUAGAUGUGAACGAGGCUCCCAUCUUCAAUCCCCCCGUCAAGAGAGUGGAAGUGCCCGAAGACUUUGGCGUAGGCUUGGAAAUCACAUCCUACACUGCCCAGGACCCAGACAAGUUUAUGGAACAGAAGAUAACGUACCGGAUUUGGAGGGAUGCGGCCAACUGGCUGGAGAUUAACCCCGACACUGGUGCCAUUUCCACUCGGGCUGAGUUGGACAGGGAGGACAUCGAGCACGUGAAGAACAGCACGUACACAGCCCUCAUUAUAGCUACCGACAAUGGUUCUCCACCUGCUACUGGAACGGGAACCCUUCUGCUGACCCUCUCUGAUGUGAAUGACAAUGCUCCUAUACCAGACCCUCGAAAACUGUUCUUCUGCCAGAAGGACCCACAGCCUCAUAUAAUAAACAUCCUUGAUCCAGAUCUUCCCCCCAAUACUUCUCCCUUCGUUGCAGAACUAACACAUGGGGCAAGUGUCAACUGGACCAUCGAAUACAACGAUGCAGCCCAAGAGUCUCUCAUUCUGAAGCCAAAGAAAAGCUUAGAGCAGGGUGACUUCAAAAUAAAUCUCAAGCUCAUCGAUAACCAGAACAAAGACCAGGUGACUACCUUAGAUGUCAUUGUAUGUGACUGUGAAGGGGUCGUUCACAACUGUAAGAGGAAUGCAGCAUUCGCUGAAGCCGGAUUGCAAGUUCCUGCCAUUCUGGGCAUUCUUGGAGGAAUCCUUGCUUUGCUGAUCCUGAUUCUGCUGCUUCUACUACUUAUUCGGAGGAGAAGGGUGGUCAAAGAGCCCUUACUGCCCCCAGAAGAUGACACUCGGGACAACAUUUAUUACUAUGAUGAAGAAGGAGGUGGAGAAGAGGACCAGGACUUUGACUUGAGCCAGUUGCACAGGGGCCUGGAUGCUCGGCCAGAAGUGACUCGCAAUGAUGUGGCGCCAACCCUUCUGAGUGUGCCCCAGUACCGUCCCCGCCCUGCCAAUCCCGAUGAAAUUGGAAAUUUUAUUGAUGAAAACCUGAAGGCGGCUGAUAGUGACCCCACUGCCCCCCCUUACGACUCUCUGCUGGUGUUUGACUAUGAAGGAAGUGGUUCUGAAGCCGCCAGCCUGAGUUCCCUGAACUCCUCCGAGUCGGACCGAGACCAGGACUAUGACUACUUGAAUGAGUGGGGCAAUCGCUUCAAGAAGCUGGCGGAUAUGUACGGAGGUGGCGAGGAUGACUAGAGGACUCGAGGGAGAGGGGGUGCGACAUAUCCCUGUACCCAUGUGAUAGGAAACAGAGGCAGUGUCUCUGGUGGUUUUUUCAGCUCCUUCCAUUUGAGAUGAGUUUUUGUAAAAGGGACACCGGGAUCCUUCACACAGUUAGGAAAGUUAUGAUUUCCACUUUAUAGAUCUCAUCUGUGUUUUAGAAAGGUUUUGACUUAUUUCUUGAAUCUUUUUUUUUCUUUCAUCACCCUUUUACAUGGUGAUGAUGUCUUAUUAAAAUUUUUGCAUUUCAAAACAACAGCUUUAGCAUCAAAAGGUUCUGCUACCACCUUGCAGAUUUCCUUAAGGGCUUUGUCUCACUUUUAAAAGGAAGGAAGGCCCACCUGACCUAUUUCUGUUAUUUUAUGUAUUUGGGGAAAAAAAAAUUAAGGUUGUAUGCUUUUUCCUUCAUCACUGCACUGGUGUCCCACGUUCUAAUAUUGCUCUUGCUCCCGAAUUCUAUUACAUUGCCCCAGAUGGGAAUUCUCAAUCACAGCAUCACCUGGACCCUUUUAGGAUAAGAGGUUUGUGUCUUAUUCUGGCCAUAUCUCAACUGAGUAUUGGGUACUCAUAAGACCUUUAACAGUUUUUCCUUUUCAUCUCCUGAGGAUGUAACUUGAAACAGGCAUCUAUCCAUUUACUUGUUCUGGGUAAGACUGUUUAUGAUGUGAAUGUCAUUAUGGGGCACUUUGGUUGUAAACAGAGUAGAAAAUGUGAUUUUUUUUUCAGGUGCCACUUAAUUUUUAAUGUAUGUUUAUCACUAAACAAGAGAGUGAUACAUUCUGAGACUUAGUGCCUAAAGUGCUACAGCCAAAGAUGGAAGACGCCCUAUUACAGCAGAGGGGAAGCUUGAACAAAAGGCUUGGAGAUGGGAGGAGAGGUUGUCAUGAGCCUGGUAGUUUAGCAAAAAAUGCCGAGUAUGGUUGAGGUAGGGUUACCCCUACCCCUGAAAAUUCUGGAAGAAUGGAGGAAAAUCAAAAUAAAUCCUUAUACCUUGGAUUGUAAAUGAAACACAGAAUUCCCAAGUGUCUGCUUUUGAUCAUGUCUACAGAAAAUGCUAGCUGAUGUGGACAUAUUUGUCCCAGAUUUGAGGUAUAUGUAGAAAACUGAGAAUAUUAGAAAACCGGAAUUUUUUCUUACGAGCAGUAAGACAGAACUGCCCUAAAGGGUGUGUUAAGCAAAAGGGGAGGCGGGGUGGGUGGGGAUCAGGGACACAAUUUGGAUUUUCUUUUAGAGGAAAGAAUUUCAAGGAACUUGACAACCACAAGAAAGAGUUUUAUCUAAAUCGCUUUACUACCUGUCAUCUGUUUUUAGAAGAAAAAAAAAUCUCUUCAAUCACUUCCUGGAAUUGUCUUGAUUUUUCUGCAGUUUAAACUAUCUAAUGUAGCUCUGUAUAGAGAUUGUCACUAUAGUCUUGUUUGAGUGUUUAUGUGUGUGGGUGUUGAUAAUUUUGUAUUUUCAUUGGGGGUGGAAAAAGAAUACAAUUCAAGCUGAGAAAAUUAUUCUCAAAGAUGCAUUUUUAUAAAUUUUAUUAAAAAAUUUUGUUAAACCAUU